GAAACCCUAACUGUUCAAAGAAGAAGAAGAAGAAGAAGAAGAAGAAGAAAUGCAUCGGCGGAAUAGGAUAAACAGUUUACCGGACGAAAUUCUUUGCCAUAUCCUCACUUUCCUCACUCCCAAAGAAGCGGCUGCAACAACCAUUUUGUCGAAAAGAUGGAUUGGUCUCUGGAACUUUGUUCACUUCACCAACAUCCAAAUCGAUAACAUCAGAUCUAAUAAAAAAUUCAACCAAUCUGUGUUCUCCCUUUUACACUUUCAUGUAUCCGCCGGUGAUAAUAUCGACAGUUUCCAUCUUGAAAUUCGAUAUGGUACUCCUCAUCUUGCUUACAAGCGCAGUUUCCCACAUGUUGUUAAAUGGAUUAACCUUGUUGUUGAAUGUAAUUUGAAGCAUCUUCAUAUCGAUCACAAGAUCGAUGAACAAGAUACUUACGAUGUUGAACAAGAGGCUUAUUUACCCAAAUUGCCUCGUAGUAUUCUCACUUGUAGAACCCUUGUAAGUCUCAAUCUUCGUCGGUUUAGUGUCGAGGGUUAUUCUGUUUCUUCCAUUGAAUUUGGAUUUCCCUCACUCAAAACACUUUAUUUUGAUGAUAUUCACUUCGGUAAUGGUCGACAUUUUGUUUUGCUUUUAUCUGGAUGUCCAAUUCUUGAGGAUCUACAAUUAGUGAAUAGUUGUCGAGGUAUAAGUUUUCGGGUAGAUCCUGAAUCUAUUCAGAUGUUUCAAAACAUAAGCUUACACAAAUUGACUAGAGCAGAUAUUAGAGAGAGUUACUGGUCCCAUUUUCCACUGAAAGCACUUUCAACUGCUAAGUCUUUGUACUUAGAUACAUUGAAGUUGUAUUGGGAAGACCGGGUAAAUGUUGAAGACCAUGAGGUGCAGCGCAUUUACUUUGAAAUUCCUAUAUUUCAUAAUUUGACCCAAUUGAAGCUCCACAAUAGUUGGGGUUUGGUGAUAAAGAUGCUCUAUCACUGCCCUAAGCUUCAAAGUCUUGAACUUUCUAAGGAGAUAGGGUGGCAAUAUAGAAAUGAUGUUCAAGAAAUUUCGGUGGAAGAACAAGAAUUAGUUCCACAAUGCCUUUCAUCAUGCCUUAGAACUUGCACUAUUCGGAACAUGGGAGGCGUACAGAGUGACUUUAUGUUAGCAACAUUUAUCUUGAAGAAUGCAGCAAUUUUACAAACCAUGGAAAUCUGGAGCGAGUGGAAUCAAGAAAAAACUGAAUUAGAAGGAAAAUUGUCCCCGUGCCCGAAGGCCUCUGCAACGUGCCAACUUUUGGUGUAUUGAUAGCAUAUAGACCAUGUAAGUUAGGUAGAGUAUUGUCCCCAUCCUGCUUGUCGUUUCUUUAGCUUCAACCAUGCAAGUGCUGGAUUUGGUGGUUAGAACUUUGAGCUAUUAUGAGGUCAUGACUUUGUCUCGUUUCACAGGUUUAGGAAAAAUUAUCUUUAAAUGAUUAAGUUAGUACUUGUCUACUUGUUUAUGACUUCAAUUAGAUCAAUGGUUAUUAUAUUUCCUGGGCACUUGUAUGCUAAAUUCAGAUUUGUUGCACAAGGCACCUGUAUGCUAAUUUCAGAUUUUUAAUUAGCCUUUAUUUUUCAGCUUAAA